AUGGAGCUGGAGCUGGAGCUGGCCCUGGCCAUAGCCCUGGUCCUGGCCGUCGGGUCCUGGACACAGGAGGUUUUCCCUAAGGAGGCCCAGACCCUCAACUGGAGCAAGUUCUCAGGCUUCUGGUACAUCAUUGCCAUUGCCACCGACACCCAGGGCUUCCUGCCGCCUAGAGACAAGAGGAAGCUGGGGGCAUCUGUGGUCAAGAUGCACAAAACAGGCCAGCUCAGGGUGGCCAUCGCCUUCAGCAGACCUCAGGGAUGCCAGUCUAGGGAGGUGACUCUGAAGAAAGACAGGAAGAGACCUGUGUUCAGGAACACCCUCAAGGGGGUAAAGGGCUUCCAUGUGCUGUCCACGGACUACACAUAUGGCCUGGUAUACCUCCGCCUGGGGCGUGCAGGCAACAACUACAAGAGCCUGCUGCUUUUCAACAGACAGAACAUCUCUAGUUUCCUGAGUCUGCGAGAAUUCCUGGACACCUGCUAUAUUCUGCAGCUCACCAAGCAGGCCACCAUCCUUCCGAAAGACGAUUCCUGUGCACACACGAUCCGGCCUUGA